GUCGCUCAAUUGAUAAGAUGUCGGGAUUAACUGAUGAAGAAGCUAAUUCGCUUUGCCGGGUGCCAGCUGAAAAUGCAACUAAGGACUUCCUCUUCCAACAAACUAUGUACAGAAUUAAAGAUCCUCGCAAGUCACUGCCAUUCUAUUCCGAAGUGCUUGGCAUGAGUUUGUUGGUAAAAUUGGAUUUUCCUGAAGCUAAAUUUAGUCUUUACUUCAUGGGCUAUGAAAAUCCAGCAGAAAUUCCUAAAGAUCCAGUAGCUCGUAAAGUUUGGACAAUGAGUCGCAAAGCAACUGUAGAACUUACUCAUAACUGGGGAACUGAAACCGAGGAGGGCCCAGUCUAUCACAAUGGAAAUUCGGAUCCUCGGGGUUUCGGACAUAUCGGCAUAAUGGUGCCUGACGUUGAUGCCGCGUGCGAACGUUUCGAAAAAUUUGGUGUUGAAUUUGUUAAAAAACCUAAUGAUGGUCGUAUGAAAGGUUUAGCUUUCAUAAAGGAUCCCGAUGGCUAUUGGAUUGAAAUUUUUAACUGCGGGACCGUUCCUUGUUAA